UUCCCACUCACAUACGAAAGACUACUAUUAUCAAGAUGGAGGAGGAAAACAAGAAGAGCAAAGUAAAGAAGGGGUGGCUUGUGGUGGAGGUAGGAUUACAAGAACAAGAACCAGAUGGAGAAGAAGAUUGUGGGUUUCAAAGGUUUGUGAUUCCGAUAUCAUAUCUGUACCACCCUCUUUUCAAGACUCUUUUGGAGAGAGCUCAUGAGGUUUAUGGGUACCAUUCGGAUGGUCCGUUAAGGUUACCUUGUUCUGUGGACGAUUUUCUUCAUCUCCGGUGGCGGAUCCAGAAGGAAUCCGAUCAUCGUCACCACCAUCAUAGCCGCCACCUUCCUCUAUCUUUGUCCUUUCACUCUUGUUAGACUACUAUAUCUAUACAUACGUAGAUCUAAUGUCGGUAUAUGUAUCGGUGUUAGAUUAAUGUUCCUUUUUUUUUGUCAUGCAUCCUGUGCUCGCUUGAUGUAAGAUAGAUCAUCGGCCUUUUACGCACAGUGAAUGAAUGAACUGAAAAUCG